AUGGAGGAUGAAGAGGUGCACCCGCUGGUGUGCGAGAUACCAGUGAAAACUUCUGGGGAUGGUGUCUCUGACAUCAUCUCCUUAGACGGCGCAGACGUCGAUAACGAUAUCUGUGUUUUCUUGAAUCACUCCUUCACAAACCUGCGACGUCGUCGUCCCGAUUUCCCGCAGCCAACGCGGGAUCAACUAGUGCAAUUAGCGACCCGAGCGGGCAGACGUUUCAUCGUGGCGUCUACGAUGAUGAAAUUCAUCGACGAUGGACACAAUGAUCCCCGAGGUCGGCUUCAGAUCAUGCUUGACCUGACCAGCCACCUGCUACCCGGCACAGAGGUAUACAAAUUAUACGACCGCAUCCUCUCAACAUGCGCUGACCCUAAUCGGGCAUACAUGCACUUGUCCAUUGUUGCCACCCUUGUAGACCCUCUUCCUGUGUCACAAAUAUCGAAACUUCUUGGCCCUGGUCAGGGCCACGAUGUCGAGACCACUCUGGUGCAGCUACGGUCCAUCAUGGAAAUCCCUACCGACAGCGGUCUCCCCGUAAAUAUCUAUCACUCGUCGGUUCGGGAUUAUGUUUCCAACCCUUCG